AUGUCAGCCCAACAGCAGUCGGCCUUUGGCGCCGCGGAAUACAUCCCGCCCGACCCUAUCUUCGAGGUGACCAAGAGAUUCAAUGCGGACCAGAGCCCACAGAAGGUGAAUCUCGGCCAGGGCACGUAUCGAGAUGAGAAUGCCAAGCCUUGGGUGCUACCAUCUGUAAGGGAGGCGGAGAAGCGCAUUGUGGAUCCUGGUCAUGAGUAUCUGCCUAUUGAGGGUUUGCAAAGCUUUCGAGAUGAGGCUUCGAAAUUGCUGUUUCACGAUACCUCUGCCCUGAAAGAGAAUAGAAUCGCCACAUGCCAGUCCAUCUCAGGUACCGGAUCGCUGCUGCUGGCAGGCCUUGUUCUCAAGAAGGCUAAUUCAGGUAUCGAGAACAUCAUCAUCACAGACCCAACUUGGUCAAACCACGAUUUACUAUUCCGAGAGAUUGGCUUCAACGUCAUAAGAGCACCAUAUUACAAAGAUCGGAGCUUCGACUUUGAGAGCUACAUUGAGGCGCUAAAAGCAGCCGACAAGCGCUCGGCGGUUGUUCUUCAUGCAUGCGCCCACAACCCAACAGGCUGCGAUCCUACUCAUGAUCAAUGGAAAGAGAUAGCCGCUGUUAUCAAGAAGAAUGGAAUCUUUCCUAUUAUCGAUUCUGCGUAUCUUGGCUUCAACUCGGGCAACUACGACGAAGAUGCCUGGGCUGUGAGAUACUUAAUUGAGGAUCUUGGUUUGGAAGCGGCGGUUUGUAUGUCGUUUGCGAAGAACAUGGGCUUGUAUGGCGAGCGCGUGGGUCUCACUGCGAUCGUAACAAAGUCAGAGGAUUCGAAGCGAACUGUCUUUUCACUUUUGCAAAAUGCCCAGCGGCAGACUGUUUCCAACCCUCCUGUUUAUGGAGCUAGACUCGCCGCUGCUGUUCUUAGCAACCGUGGCACGCUUGAGCAAUGGCAAAAGGAUCUUGUAACCAUGUCUUCUCGAAUCAGGUCGAUGAGGAAGAAACUAUAUGAAGAGCUUGUGCGGCUGGAAACUCCAGGGGACUGGUCGCAUAUUGUCAACCAGACGGGCAUGUUUGGGUAUACUGGGAUUAACAAACCGCAGAUUGAACGACUGGAAGACAAGUAUCACAUCUACAUGGCAAACACUUCAAGGAUCAGCCUGGCGGGUCUAAAUGAGCAUAACGUUGAGUAUGUGGCAAAAUCACUCGAUGAAGUGGUCCGAAAUGUGUCUUAG